CGCAGCCAGUGUGACGCGAGCGUUGGCGCGCUGCGCCCGAGUAGUUUUAACGGUUUGUGAACUACGCCAAAUCGAUACAGAACUGCUUUCAAGUGAAAGUGCCAGGAUGUUGUGAUGCACGUGUUGUGUUAAGUGUACAAUCGAUUAGAAUCGUGUGAUAACCAAAAUCGAUUAACAAGUUAACGCAAAGUGAUCGAGUACAACAUCGGAUAACUCAACGAUCUAAACAAUAUCAUCAUAAAUAGUGUUGUGAACGUAUGUGUUUAUAUGUGUGUGUAAAGUGAUGCAGUGUAGUGUACGACGGUCACAAAUGAAGCGGCGUAAACUGUUGUGCUUAAAACGGUGCAGAGAAUAAACAACCAUGUUGGUGAUGAGAGCUUUAGUCAUCGCAGGAUGUCUUGCUAUAGCAUCAUCACAAGCGCCUCCGGGCUUCAAUCUCCCGGCGAUUAUGCACGUCGAUCGAAACUGGAAUGUGAUGCCCACGGAGCCGAUAGGAUCCUUCGUCACCAAGGUCUAUAGUGAGAGCAGUCUCCCUGUGACCUUCGGUUUGGAGACCACUGAUCCACCGGCACCAUUCAGGAUCGAUCCAAUCACUGGAGUUGUGACUGUGAAUGAUACGCUUAUUGAUAAGGAGAACAAAACCUACUCACUAUGGGUGACAGCGAACGACGGCUCCAUACCGCAGAGAUUAGAAGUCUACGCCACAGUCUCCGAUAAAUCCGGCAAAAGGCCGAAGUUACCUCAUCCACUGAACUUGAACUUCCCUGCCUACCCCAGUUUACCUAUUCAACCAAAGUAUACGAGGACAACACAAAGUACUACCAAAGCAACUCAUAUUUACGUAACAGUACCUGAAGUGACUACGUCACUGGCUACUCUAGGUCCUCCGAAUUCUCCUGAUGAUGUACCACCUGGGGGUAUGAAUAUAGUUCAGAACGAUGAUGGAACGACCAGUACUGAAGCCCCGAAUAAAACUGAAGCUACGAAUAAUAUUGUGCCUUUAAUGGUGCCUCUAGUCGGCAUAGGAGUUCUCGUGGUGAUCGUGGCUGUAGUCCUACUUAUAAAGAAUAAUGCUCAGAAGAAGGAAAAGAAAAAGGAUGAUAUGAGUAAGGACUCGAGUGGGAUAGUACUUCAAGACGCAUCCCUUAAUAUGUGGGAUCAUCCACGUGCGUACUCCAAUCGUUAUGAGUCUUGGGACAACGGGCAUUUACAGUUGUCAGAAGAAACAUCGAUAUCAAAAGACGAUCAGCCACCAGACAAGUGGGAGUUCCCUAGACAUAAACUGAGGAUCUUCAAUAUUGUGGGUGAAGGUGCCUUUGGCCAGGUGUGGCGAGCUCAAGCUUUGGAUAUUGCUGGAAAGAAAGGCGAGCAAACUGUAGCAGUGAAGACACUGAAAGAAAAUGCUUCAGAAAAGGAGAAAAUAGAUCUUCUACAAGAACUGUUAGUUAUGAAGAACUUGGGCUACCAUCCAAAUGUAGUCCAAUUAAUUGGAUGUUGUACAGAAAAGGAACCCACCUUAGUGAUAAUGGAAUUCGUGAGCCUGGGCAAGCUGCAGCAAUUCCUCAGAGACUCCAGAGCUGAACGUCAUUACGGGAACACUCAUGGAAGCCAGUUCCUCACAUCACAGGAUCUCACGAAAUUCGCCUUCCAAGUAGCGAGAGGAAUGGAUUUCCUUAGUUUACAAGGGAUAAUCCACCGAGACUUGGCAGCGAGGAAUGUGCUGAUCACAGAAGACAGAGUAUGCAAGGUUGCAGACUUUGGCUUCGCCAGAGAUGUUGGAGAUACACAUGUGUAUGAGAGGAAGAGUGAUGGACGACUGCCCAUUAGAUGGAUGGCGCCCGAGUCUCUAUACGACAAUAUAUUUAGUGUUAAAUCCGAUAUCUGGAGUUUUGGCAUCUUACUCUGGGAGAUCGUGACCCUUGGGUCAACACCGUACCCUGGACUAUCAGCUAACGACGUCAUGAAAAAGGUCAUUGAGGGUUAUCGCCUCGAAAAGCCAGAGCACUGCCAUCGAGAACUGUACAACAUAAUGUACUACUGUUGGGAAGCUGAACCUAAAGAUAGGCCAGAUUUUGCAGACAUCGUCAAUAGAUUAGAACCUUUAAUUAAUAAAGAUAUGGAUUAUAUACAGUUAGAAAGGUUCCCAGAUCAUUCUUAUUAUAACCUUCAACAUUUAGAUGGGGAGAAGCUAUGAUUGUUUGGGUGUAAGAUUUUUUGGGUGUAGUAUUUUUGUAAAGAAUGUAAUAGCUAAAUCGACUACGAAUGAAACGACAUGGUAUUUUUCAUUGACCAAGCAAAUUGGCUCUCAUAUUUUUUUUUUUGGUGGCCAGCGAACCUGAGCCUGCAGCUAAAUCCAAUUUAGAGCUUGUCUACUUGUAGAGUAGAAAACAAAAUUUUAUGGGAUUGACGUAAAUUUUGACACUUGAUAGUGUCAUUCAAUUUUUUUUUUUACUUUGAUGGCAACCGAUUAUCCAAUUUUAUCGACUAUACUGCUAGUAUCAUACCAUAUAUUUAGUUAUCUAUUCUUUCUGUAGACAAGCGUUAAAGUGGCCAUGUUGUUCUAUUUUUAAACGCCAGUAUCAACUCUUGAAAGAUGUCCCAUUAAUGACAGUAAGAAGGAACCUCUUAGAAUUUUUGUCUACUUUGUUAAGUAAAAUGUAUAUAAUUUAUAAGAAUAGUAUAAACUCAAAGUUGGUACUCAAAAAUAAAUAUUAAUAUCGUUCAUUAGUUUGUAACAUAUUGUGCAUUAUCUAGAUUUAAAAAUACAAUUAAUGUAUAGCUUCAGUCCUUUGUAAUGGUAAGGGUAAUUAUGUAAAUAGUGUUUGAAACGAAAAAGCAAAGAACGUGUUUGAAAUACACAUUAAAAAUAAAUCGAACAAAAUUCUUGAGCAACGAAAAAAAUUAAUCAUCCAUUAAUGGACUUCUACAUAUAAAUAAAUUUUAAUGUAUUAUAUCAUAAAAUGAUUUAUAUAUUUUGGUAAUGUUUUGUUUAAAUAAAACAAUACGGAGAUUAUAAUAUUUUUAAUGAUUUGCAAUAAUAUUUAUAAGUUAUUUUAAAUUUUCACAUAGACUAGUCUUUAGGAUAUUACGAUUAUUGUAAUUUUAAUUAUUAAAAUAAUUAAGAUCCGUAUAUUAAAUGUACAGUACAUUUAAGCUUGUCGUUAAAAGGAACAGACGAUCUGUAUAAAUAAAUGUUUUGUUGUAUA